AUGCCCCUGCAGGUGAAACUCCAGGGAGCUCUGGGCCCUCUGAGGAAGGAGCUGGAAGAGGCCCUGGCUCUGACGUCUAAAGAGAAGAAGAAAACCACCGAGUGGCAGGGGAACGUGAAGAAUAGGAGAGAGAUGAUUGCAGGUGAAUUUAACAAACUGCACACACUGCUGAGAGAGGAGGAGCAGCUGCUUCUCCAGAGACUGGAGGAGGAGGAGAGGGAGACUCUGCAGAGACUAAGGGGAAAUGUCACCAAACUCUCUCAGCAAAGCUCCUCUCUGCAGCAGCUGAUCACAGAGAUCGAGGAGAAGUGUCAGCAACCAGUUGUCGAGCUGCUAAAGGAUGUGACAAGCACAUUGAGCAGGAGUGAGAAUGUGAAACUCCAGGAACCAGAAGCUGUUUCUACUGCCCUGAAAAACACGUAUAAAAUUUCCCUUGACAUGAGGGAAGCGCUGCAGAGAUUCGGAGUGGACGUGACUCUGGAUCCAGACAUGGCUCAUCCCAGACUCGUCCUGUCUGAGGAUCGGAAACAUGUGAAACUCGGAGACACACGCCAGGAUCUGCCCAACAACUCGGAGAGAUUUGAUCCUUGUCCCUGUGUCCUGGGCACUAUGGGGUACACAGGUGGGAGGCAUUACUGGGAGAUGGAGGUGGGAGACAAGACAAGAUGGACUCUGGGGGUUUGUAGGGAAUCUGUGAGCAGGAAGGGGCAGGUCACACCCACACCUAUGAAUGGAUACUGGGCUGUGCGGCUGAGGUAUAGGGAAUACGAGGCCUGCACCUCCCCCUCGACCCCCUUCCCCGUGAGCGUCAGGCCCAGCCGGGUGGGGAUUUUCCUGGACUAUGAGGCGGGCGAGGUCUCAUUUUACAGUGUGACUGACAGGUCCCAUCUCUUCACUUUCACUGACACCUUCUCUGGGACGUUCCGCCCUUAUUUCUAUCCUGGUGUCUAUGAUGAGGAUGAAAACGCGUCUCCCCUGAUAAUAUGCCCAGUCGCAGCUCAGGCCGGAGGGAAUCUCGGUCCCUGA